CGAACUCGGUGAAGUAACGUCGCGCUUUCGUGGAAGCUUCCUAGGUGAUUUGGAUAAAAAUAAAUUGGAAAAAUGGACUGCGGCGGAGUACUUGUAAAAUAUGUGCUCUUUAUAUUUAAUAUUUUGUUUGUGAUAUGUGGUAUUUUAAUCAUUGUCUUGGGCUCCAUUAUGGUGUCCAAGAUGAGUGAUUUCUCGAACGUGGAACAAGCUUUCAAUACAAAUAGUGUCGCUAUUGUUUUGCUGGUGCUGGGCUGCAUGAUAUUUGUCAUUUCCUUCCUUGGCUGCUGCGGUGCGAUUCGCGAAAACAACUGCAGCCUAUCGAUGUACUCCAUCUUUAUGCUGGGCUUGUUUUUGUGUCAAAUCGCCGUAAUUGUCUAUGUUUGGGUACAGCGCCCGCAAAUAAUUGACUCUAUCGAUAAAGUUGUAUACAAGGUUUGGGAGCAGCGUGCAGUGGAUCAACCUGUUCUGGAUGCAAUGCAGAGAAGUUUUAAGUGCUGCGGCUACUAUAAGUUCACUGACUACGGUUCUAUGACGCUGCCUGCUUCUUGUUGCGAUAGUACAGGAUCCAGCUGCAAUGUGAGUCAGGUGCUAUUAACUCCUGGUUGUAAAAGCGCUGUUGAAAGUUUCUGGGAUAAGAACGUCAGUAUUAUUAAAUAUGCAGGGCUUGGUGUGGCUGCCAUUGAGUUAACUGCAUUUAUAUUCGCCUGCUGCUUGGCUAAUCAAAUUCGAAACAAUGGAAGACGUUCUAACUUUUAAUGCUGCCUGUACAACGUAGAUAAUGAGCCGGAUUUUGAAAAAAAACGCUAUCAACGUUUGUUAACUCUCCAGGUCUGCUUAAUAAUAAUUAAUUUGCUUGAAAUGUUAGUUAUUGUAUUUUAAAGCUCUCAUUUAUAAAAUGUAAUUCUUACAUACAUACAUACAAUUAUAA